GACCCUCCUCCCUUUUCUUUCCUUCCCUUCCCUUCCACCUGACCAAAACCCCCCAUUAAAUUCACCCCCAAACUCGCUCGCCAUCCCCCUCGCACAGAUUCCUCUCCCCUCCCUCAACCCCACCCCAUCCCCCGAAACUCAGGCACCAUCCAGCACCGGCCGGCCGCGCAGGACCCAGCUCGGCCAGCUCGGCGGAGGGAGGAUGAGGGGGCCGGGGGCGGUGAAGGCGGGCAGCCGGCCGCCGUGGCUGGGGCUGGGCGCGGCGGUGUGGGUGCAGGUGGCGGGGGGAGCCAGCUCCACCUUCGCGCUCUACUCGCACGCGCUCAAGCUCGCGCUCGGGGUCGACCAGCGCCGCCUCGCGCUGCUCGCCGUCGCCUGCGACGUCGGGGAGAACCUCGGCCUGCUCCCGGGCGUCCUCUGCAACCGCCUCCACCCCGCGCUGCUCCUCCUCGUCGGCGCCGCCGCCUGCGUCCUCGGCUACGGCACCACCUGGCUCGCCGUCUCCGCCGCCGCCCCGCCGCUCCCCUACUGGCUGGUAUGGUUGGCAUUGUGCCUUGCUGCAAACAGUGGCGCGUGGUUGGGGACGGCCGUUUUGGUGACCAACAUGAGGAACUUCCCACUCAGCAGGGGUGCCGUUGCCGGCAUCCUUAAAGGCUACGCCGGUCUAAGCGCUGCCGUCUACACCGAAAUUUACACCGGCAUACUUCACGAUUCGGCCGCGAGCCUUCUGCUUCUGCUUGCUCUCGGAGUUCCUGCCGUGUGCCUUCUGACAAUGUACUUUGUUCAACCCUGUCAACCCUCCCUGGUGCCGAAUUCUUCAGAGCAAGUUCACUUCCUCUUCACACAAAUCGGGAGCAUUGUUCUUGGGGUUUAUCUUCUUGGGGCCACAAUACUGGAUCAUGCCGUAACACUUAGCGAUGCAGUGAACUAUUCUCUGGUUGUUAUUAUGGUGCUUCUCCUCUUUGCGCCGGUUGCAAUACCCUUGAAAAUGACAUUGUUUCCAAGUAACCGAAGAAAAGGCCUGUUGGACUCUUCCGGCGCUGAUAGUGAUCAUACAGAACCAUUUCUUCCACCUUCUGCCUCCGGAUCAAACCUUACUGAUCUAGACAAUGAUGAUUCCUUCGAUAUUGACAUUCUCUAUGCGGAGGGUGAAGGGGCUGUAAAGCAGACGAGAAGAAGACCAAAAAGAGGAGAGGACUUCAGAUUUCGUGAAGCACUGCUCAAGGCAGAUUUCUGGCUUCUCUUUGCAGUAUAUUUCAUCGGUGUUGGAUCUGGAGUCAUGGUCCUUAACAAUCUAGCACAAGUUGGAAUUGCAGCUGGUGCUGUGGACACCACUAUAUCACUCUCUCUGUUCAGUUUCUGCAACUUUUUUGGCCGGUUGGGAGGUGGUGCUGUUUCUGAGUAUCUUGUCAGGUCAUGGACGAUUCCACGGACCGCAUUGAUCAUAUGCACCCAAGUAGUGAUGAUAUUCACAUACCUGCUCUUUGCAUUGGGUCUCCACUCAACGCUUUACGUCGCCGUUGCCUUACUUGGCAUAUGCUACGGUAUCCAGUUCUCGGUGAUGAUCUCAGCAUCAUCGGAGCUGUUCGGGUUGAAGCACUUUGGGAAGAUCUACAACUUCAUCUCGCUGGGGAACCCACUUGGCGCGCUCCUAUUCAACAGUCUCGCGGGAUACUUUUACGAUCUCGAGGUGGAAAAGCAGCACGCCACGACAACGGACUUCGACGUCGCAUGCCAUGGUCCCAAUUGUUUCAGGCUCACGUUCUUUAUUCUGUCUGGCAUGGCCUGCCUGGGCACGCUGCUGAGCAUAGUUCUGACAGUGAGGAUCCGGCCGGUGUAUCAGAUGCUCUACGCCGGUGGAUCCUUCAGCCAGCCCAGGAGCUCGGCGCAUUGACUGACCGUGAUCGGAGCUCUCGGGUCCAUGGAGAAAUGAUGAUCAGACUCGGAGAGCUUGAUUGAUGAUCUGUUGUGAUUUAUGGCACUUGAAAUAUGAGCAGGGGCUCUCAUUUUUGUGGUCAGAUUGCCAUCGUGGAACCUAGGACUUGGCUACUUCGGAUCUGGAUCUCCAGGAUGAGGUACCAUAUUUCUGAGUUGCUCGUUAGAGGUUGUUAACGUGCUGAUGCAUGAACCCGAGGAUAUAAUAACUGGGAUCGCUACACUUGUAGAUUGGCGAUUUGUAAUAUUCUUAUUCACCCCAGAUCAUGUACUCCUAUUUGGCCGGUUCUCAGGUUGUGAGAAUUUAGCCAUGUAGAAUGAUGCUCGUACUACUGGUUACUACCAGUGCUCUCUCUGUAUACCUCUGAAAAAUAUUUCUAAAAUGCCAGUGCCCGUUGUCUUGCUGA